AUGGCAGCAGUUGCAAAAAAACCAAUUGCUGCCAAAAAAGGCGAACUAACGCCCAAUCCACUAAAUAUUGCCACUAAACCAUUACCAAAAGUUGCUUUAGAGAACGUAUCGGAAAGUGAUUGCGAUGAAAAACCUAUUGAAAAAUCAG